CUGAACUUCUGAAUCAAAAGGUUACGUUUUAAUAUGGCUUCACUACCGCCUCUUGAACCUACAAUAUCUCAACUAGAUGCACUUAGUGUAGAAAGCCUUAUCUAUGAAAAGCAACGUUUAGAAAAUUCUAUAUUUCAUUUAGUUCGAUCGAAUGAAGACAUGAAAGAAUUUGAUGAGAAUGACAAAGAAUUUCAAUUGGCAAUAAAAGAGAAUGAAGACCUUAUCGCAAGACAUCGAGAGAAGAUCAGGAUAAUUCAGGAUUUGUUAAAGAAAAGACAACAAAAUGGAAAUAAUUGUAUAACAAUCGAAAAUACAGAAACGGUACAAGUUGAGAAUACACAAGAGAACAAUAAUAACAAUGCUCCUAUCAACGUACAAAAUGAGGAAAUGGAAGAACCUGAAGAUGGAAUCUAUUUAUAAAUAGGAUUAUACCGUAAUGCAUCUAAAAUUAAAAACGUGACGGGACUCUGUUCAAGUUUAUCUUUGAUCGUGUAAAACUUAAUUACUUUAGUCUGGUUUUUUUUCCGAGAAUAACAAUUUCCACUAGCUUCGCUGUAUUUUCAUGAAUUUAAAUAAAAAGUUUAAUAUAUAUGCGAGAAUGUUCAAACACCUAAAAUAUUGAAGGAUAAAGUUUGAGUUAUCACGAAAGGAAAAUUUCGGUGGAUUUAUAGUUUAGAUAUUACCUAAUAAAUUAUCAACCAAUAAA